CUUCUGUGUUGUUUUAACUUUAAGCUCUUAUGAAAUACAAGGAAUUUGAAGUGUAAACUUCAAGAAAAAAAACUCCCAAAAAAAAGGUGAAAAACAAGAGGUGAGAAUCAAUGAUGACAAAUGAUUCUUUAACAUCAAAAUGGAGAGACAAAAUAAUGGAAGGAGCUGAAGGUUUGAGGACUGUAGAGUGUUUAAGAGGUAGACUGCUUGCUGAAAGAGCAGCUUCCAAGGCUGCUAAUGAUGAAUCUGAACUAAUUACCAAAAAGUUGAUUGAGCUAGAGAAGCAGUUGAAAAUGGAGAUCAGGUCAAGAAACAAAGCUGAAAAGAGGCUGAGAUUCUUGAUGAAAAAGCUUGAUUCUUUGAACAUAUCAUAUGUUUCAGCAGAUGAAUAUUCUUCAAGUAUUUCUGAAAAAAGUGAGAUUUCAUCUGUUUCAUCUUCUAAAUCUCAACCUGAUCAGUCCAGUCAAAAAGAUGGUGAUGAAUAUGAUCUACAGAAAAAAGACAAUAAUGGGUCAAGAUCCUUUGUUAUGCGUGACAACGAUGAUAAUGUAGAACGUGAUCAAGGUACAUAUCAUAAUGUUGAUAACUCUAUGGCAUUGAUUAAGGUCGAAGAGAAAUCGAUUACGUCAACUAGAAAUGAUGAACAUGAUGAUGAUAUAUGUGACAACUCCAUGGCAUUAGUCGCGGUCAAUUCGACGAUGAAAGAAGAGAAUAAAGAUUGUCCAAUAUCAAAUGGUAAUGUGAAAGAUGUACUUGAUGCUUUAAGGUAUGCUAGAGAAUGCCUUCAAACUUCAAUGGACAUGAGAAGACAUAUGAAAUCAAAUAUUGUUCAACAUAGGCUUGAUAGGAUCUCAUGUUAAAUUUAAAGUAUUUAGUAAUUCUAAUACAUCAAGACUCUUCAUUUGUACAA